AAUAGAAAAAGGGACUUCUAUAAACAGGGCAUGGGGAGAUGAGAAUGGCACACAGUCCAAAUCAAAAUAAAAUCUCUCUCAUGAGACAGACUUAGACGACUCAUGUGACUGACUGCCUGCCUGCCAUUUGCGCCAUCUGACCAAUGUCUCGUCGUCCUCCUCCUCCGCAUUCCUCCUCCUCUUUGCUGCUUGUUUUGUUGGUGUGGGCAGCCGCCGCCACUUCUAGUACUAGUAGUGGUGAAGGAUCUUUGGGUGUGGUGAAAGUAGAUCCAACCCUCAAGUUUGAGAACCCAAGGCUUCGCCAAGCCUACAUUGCCCUCCAAGCUUGGAAGGCCGCCAUCUUCUCGGACCCAUUCAACUUCACCUCCAGCUGGAAUAGCUCGGACGUGUGCUCCUACAUGGGCGUAUUCUGUGCUCCUAAGUCCACCGGUGCACAUGGCCGUGUGGUCGCCGGCAUCGACCUCAACCAUGCUGACAUUGCUGGCUAUCUGCCUCCAGAGCUAGGCCUCCUCUCAGACCUGGCGCUCUUCCACCUCAACUCCAACCGCUUCUGCGGCGUCGUCCCUAGCAGUUUGCGGCUCAUGAAGCUGCUCCAUGAGCUCGACCUCAGCAACAACCGCUUUGUGGGAGACUUCCCCAAAGUAGUGUUCUCCUUGCCUUCCCUCAAGUACUUGGAUCUCCGCUUCAACGAGUUCGAAGGCUCCGUUCCCUCCCAGCUCUUCGACAAGGAUCUGGAUGCCCUUUUCCUCAACGACAACAGGUUCCAAUUUGGCAUCCCUCCCAAUCUCGGCAACUCUCCCGUUUCGGUUCUGGUGUUGGCCAACAACAAUCUCGGGGGUUGCAUUCCUGGUAGCAUUGGUAACAUGGCCAAGACGCUCAACGAGAUCAUCCUCUUGAAUGACAAUCUCACCGGCUGCUUGCCUCCCCAGAUCGGCCUCCUCACCAAUCUCACGGUGUUUGAUGUCAGCUUCAACCGACUUCAAGGACCUCUUCCCUCCACCAUCGGCAAAAACAUGAAGAGCUUGGAGCAGCUGGACGUGGCCGGCAACAGACUCACGGGUGUCAUCCCAGCCAGUAUUUGCCAGCUACCUCGUCUGCACAACUUCACCUAUUCCUUCAACUAUUUCACCGGAGAGGCUCCUGCUUGUGCUGCUAACAAAAAUAAUAUCAAUGGUCGCAAGAACUGCAUUCGUGGUAAGUUGGAUCAGAGAUCUGCAAGGGAAUGUGCUUCGCCAGCUGCACGUCCCGUGGACUGCCGCAAGCUCCAAUGCAGCAGCACUACUAUUCCUGGAGGCGGAGGAGGCAGCGGCGGGGGUUCUAAGAGAAGGCCUCCUCGGGUUUCAACACCCUCAGCGCCGGUUGGGAAUAAGCCGCCUGCUCAACGAAGGCCACCUCGGGUUUCAACACCCCCACCCCCGACUUCAGAGUCAUCACCUUCCACUAGAUCACAUCCUCCUCCACCAUCAAACCCUUCUUCUUCUUCUUCUUCUCCGCCUCUAGUACCUAAUAGAGCACCUCCUCCUUCCAAUUCCAAUUCCCAUUCCCCUACAAAGCCUCCGCCACCUACUCAAAGAGUUUCACCCAGGACGCAUCUUCCACCUUCACCCCCUCCAUCUAGUAGUCAUCAUCAUUGGACUUUGACACCACCACCCCCACCUACCCAAAAUGUGUCACCAACUACUCAUCUAAGACCACCUCCGCCGCCGCUGCCCACGCACUACAACUCCUCUUCUUCCCCACCACCACCAGUACUUUACCAUGCUUCACCACCUGAUCACUCUAAACAUGAUCUAGUGCCGCCAUCACCUCCAAAUCAUUACUCGUAUGCUUCACCACCACCACCGCCGCAACUCUCGGCGCCGCCACCUCCACAGCAUUCAGCCCAUGUCCCACCUGCUCCGAGCUAUCAUACUUACACAAGUCCACCACCUCCACCUCCACCUUCAUCACCAUCUUCACCGCCACCUCCGCCACCACCACGAUCGCCACCUCCACCUCCGCCACCACCACGAUCGCCACCUGCACCUCCACCAACACAUGAGCAGUAUACAAAAGCACCACCUCCUUCCCCCGCACAUAAGCAUUAUCCUUCAAAAGCUCCACCAUCACCCACAAGUACAGGUGGAAGUCCCCCACAUGAUACGCCGUCAGCCCCCUCACCAAGUGAGCCAUCUCAUCCCUUACCUCCACUGCCGCCCACCGGUUGUGUGAUUCCUGCAUCACCAUCACCACCACCCCCACCAAGCCAUCAUACCGUGCCAUCACCCACAUUUCAAUUUGUACCCCCACCUUCAUCAAGGCAUCACCACUCACCUCCCGAACAACAGCAUUGGCAUCAACCACCACCAUCAUCGCAUCAACAGUUUCCUCCCCCGUCCCCAUUCGAUAGCACACCGCUUCCACCAGUUAUAGGAGUGUCAUAUGCGUCUCCUCCUCCCCCUGUAGUUCCCUACUACUAAUUCAGUGAUUUCUAGCGUAUGUUUAAGAAGAAUCGCAAUUCUUUUGCUGCGAAUGAGUAGACAACCACCCUGCAUAUAUACAGUAGCAAGGAUCAGUUCCGUAUCUUUCGUGUGCGAAUGUUGUUCUUCUCGUUUUUAAGAUGCAGUUUAUCCUCUAAGGGGUUGCUACCGUUGCUUCAAUUUAUAGCAAUAAUAGUUUCAUUGCUGCUUGCCUAUUCCUAUCCAUUUGUAUUCUCAUAAAUUUAUUUCAUUCUCCGAUACAGCCAAGCGGAUGGAUUUUCAUUAUGAAUUAAAGUUUAUUUUGUCA